AUGGAGAGGUUCACCCACAAACAUCCUGGAAACCAGGAGUUUGAUAUAUGGAAGGACUAUCUGCAGCUGUCGAUGAGGGUUGAGGAGAUCUGGCGGCCUGGCACAGGUGGGCAGGGGCGCGGCAAGGUCAGCCCACCCACCGAGGGCGCCUUCCGCCCGCUGGUGGUGGGCAGGGACCCCCCCUCCUGCUCCGACGGGGGCGCCGUGGGGCUCGACAACCCACUGAAGAAGGGGAGCGGCAUCUGCACCUUCUGCAAGCACAAUGGCGAGUCGCGGAAGGUCUACUCCUCGCACGUGCUGAAGACGGAGGGCGGGAAGGUGCUGUGCCCCAUCCUGCGGAACUACGUCUGCCCCCUCUGCCAGGCCACGGGCGACGCUGCCCAUACCCUGAAAUACUGCGGCUUCAACCCGGAGAAGCAGUCUCUGUACCGCAGCCACGGAAGAAACUCAAUGGGCAAGAAAUCAAGGCGCUAA